UACUACACACCCUACACAGCUGGAGGUGUGUGUAUAUGAUCUGGUUUUAAUGCAUUGCUGGUUUUAAUUGCAUUUUUUUUUAUUGCCAUUGAAUUUUAAGUGCGAAAUGGGAUUACCUCCUUUGGAGUUCAGUGAUUGUUACUUGGAUAGCCCUCAGUUCAGGGAGAGGCUGAAAUCACACGAACUAGAGCUGGAGAAAACGAAUAAGUUCAUUAAAGAGCUCAUCAAAGAUGGAAAGUCGUUGGUUGCAGCCCAUAAAAGUCUUUCAUCUGCUAAAAGGAAAUUUGCUGGAUCAUUGAAUGAAUUCAAAUUUCGAUGCAUUGGAGAUGCAGAAACUGAUGAUGAAAUCUGUAUAGCGAGGUCCCUACAGGAAUUUGCUGCUGUACUGGGGAAUCUUGAAGAUGAGAGAAUACGGAUGAUUGAAAAUGCUGGGGAAGUUCUUAUAACUCCGCUUGAAAAAUUCCGCAAAGAGCAAAUUGGUGCUGCUAAGGAGGUGAAAAAGAAAUAUGACAAAGAGACGGAAAAAUACUGUAGUGUUCUGGAUAAGCACAUGAACCUGUCGUCCAAGAAAAAAGAGGUUCAUCUACAUGAGGCUGACAGUCAAGUGGAUCAGAUGCGACAGCAUUUCUAUGAAGUUUCCUUGGAAUAUGUCUUAAAAAUUCAUGAAGUACAAGAGAGAAAGAUGUUUGAGUUUGUGGAACCGCUUCUCGCCUUCCUCCAAGGGCUUUUCACAUUUUAUCAUCAUGGCUAUGAGUUGGCAAAAGACUUCAGUGAUUUUAAAACACAACUGACAAUCAGCAUUCAGAAUACACGGGAUCGUUUUGAGGGCACUCGGUCCGAAGUGGAGUCUUUGAUGCAGAAGAUGAAAGAAAACCCCCAUGAGCACCAGGCAAUGAGUCCUUAUACUAUGGAGGGAUAUCUUUACGUUCAGGAGAAACGACAUUUUGGAACAUCUUGGGUCAAACAUUACUGCACUUAUCAGCGUGAGACAAGGCAAAUCACAAUGAUACCGUUUGACCAAAAGUCUGGGGGAAAAGUGGGAGAAGAAGAAAUGAUUUUCUUAAAAUCAUGUAUACGCAGGAAAACAGAUUCAAUUGAGAAAAGGUUUUGCUUUGAUGUGGAAGGAGUUGAUCGGUCAACCGUUCUAACCAUGCAGGCCCUGUCUGAGGAAGACAGAAGACUGUGGAUGGAAGCAAUGGAUGGCCGAGAACCUGUUUACAAUUCAAACAAGGACAACCAAAAUGAAGGAACUGCCCAGCUGGACAACAUGGGUUUCAACAUCAUCCGGAAGUGUAUUCAAGCAGUGGAAACAAGAGGAAUCAAUGAGCAAGGACUGUACAGAAUUGUUGGAGUCAACUCGAGAGUUCAGAAACUGCUGAGUAUUUUAAUGGAUCCAAAAAUAUCAUCAGAAACUGAAGCCGAAAUUGCAGCUGAAUGGGAGAUAAAGACCAUCACAAGUGCAUUAAAGACAUACUUGAGGAUGCUUCCAGGGCCCCUCAUGACAUACCAGUUUCAAAGAAGCUUCAUCAAAGCUGCGAAACUGGAAAGCCAGGAGUCAAGAAUCAAAGACAUCCACUGUCUAAUUCACCGUCUACCAGAGAAAAACAGGCAGAUGUUGCACUUAUUGAUGACGCAUCUUGCAAGUGUUGCUGCUAAUCACAAACAAAACUUGAUGACCGUUGCCAACCUAGGAGUGGUUUUUGGGCCUACUCUUUUACGCCCUCAAGAAGAAACAGUAGCUGCCAUCAUGGAUAUCAAAUUCCAAAACAUUGUGGUUGAAAUUAUUAUUGAAAACCAUGAAAAGAUGUUUUCCACCGUGCCGGAGAUGCCACCGACAAACUCCCAGCUGCAUUUGUCUCGUAAAAGAAGUACUGACUCAAAGCCGCCUUCCUGCAGUGAGAGGCCUUUAACGCUUUUCCAUACAACACAUUCCACAGAGAAAGAAGAGAAAAGAAACAGUGUAAAUUCUAGUGCUGAAUCUGUCAGUUCAUCCAAUGCAAAUAGCUCCGUUAACUCCAGCUGUGCUGCGCGUUCAAAUAUGAACAAUCUAAACUCAAGUGACCCUGACCUGGAAGUGAUUAAAAUGAGCAGGCCAAACUCACUAUUAAACCCGAAAAAUAUUUCUGGAAUUAUAUCAAGUUCACUCAAUCCAAGUCCAACAUCACCUCCUACUUGCCCCAUGUUUUCUGCGCCAUCAAGCCCAAUGCCAACAUCUUCAACAUCCAGUGACUCAUCUCCAGUAAGUUUACCAAGAAAAGCCAAAGCCUUGUAUGCUUGUAAAGCUGAGCAUGACUCGGAGCUCUCCUUCACGGCUGGCACGGUGUUUGAAAAUGUUCAUCCAUCACAGGAACCUGGCUGGUUAGAAGGGACACUCAAUGGGAAGACUGGACUCAUUCCUGAAAAUUAUGUGGAAUUCCUAUAGCUUUAUGCACAGCCAGCGAUUGUAACAUUACAUGGUAUCCAUGACAACUGCUGACAGUGUUGAACAUUAUCUCUAUUUGCCUCCAUAAUAUACAGGGUGAAGGACGUUUCAGUAAUUAUUGCAGUAAAAUAUGUUUUACAUAGUAAUGUUUAUGUUUCAUAUGAUUUAUGAUGGCAUUGAAAUAUAGCUAACACAGAAUUUUAAGGGACCAUUUUAUGUUAUAUUAUCAUUAUAGAUUGUAGCCUCUAAAAGCCAAAUUUCAAUUAUACCAAUUUUAAAUAUCUGAGCUAUAUUUUGCAGGCUAUUCAAACCGUCUGGAUUCUGUUUUUUCUUGCAGACCAGGCACCUACCUUGAGUGCUAAAUUUAAUGUCUAUUGUCAUAGUUGUAUUUCUGUUUAUUCUAUUGUUUUUAUAGCAUUUAAGUUCUUAAAGUCAUAACACUGGGUUUCAGUAUCACAACUUCUGUAUGUUUCAAUGCCUUGUUCAGAACAAUUUUAGAUUAUAACUUCUAAGAUUUUUAUUUUUUAUAAAAUGUUGUUUCCUUUAGAAUGGAAAUACUAUCUUUCCUCUAUGUAUUGUGUAUAAAAAUAACAUUUUCUGCACUGUUCUCAGAAGUUUAAAGUUAAAAUGCCAUAAUAAUUUUAAGACUAGCAACCUUGGGCUAGGUUAUAAGUGGUGCCCGUGUUAACUUGCGCACGUAUUACAAGUUGAAAGUAAAAAUGACAGCACAAGAGCAAACUAAAUUUGCGGUUUUUGGGUUAGUGUGACUGAAGAACUUGAGUAAAGGGUUAAGGCUUACAAAAAGUUUUAUAAAACGCAACAUAAAUACAUUUAAAUUAACAUUUACACUCAUAUAUACACUAAUAAUAAUAAAUAAUAAAUUUAUUGAUGUAAACUAUAAAAAAAAAAAGUUAUAAGGGUUUAAAGGUAUAUGGUAUAUGACAAGGUAUUUGAAUGAUAAGGGCAAUAAUGUUAAUAUGUGUAUAUAUGUAUAUACAUAAGUAUAUACAUGUAUAUAUACUUUGGAGCCCUUUCCAUUAAAAUACCUGAAAACAAGAAAAUUAAUUUUGAAUCAAUGUUUUACUGUGUAUGAACUAUAAAUAUUUUACAUUCCAAUGGUCUUCACAUAUGGGCAUAUAUAUAUAUAUAUAUAUAUAUAUAUAUAUAUAUAUAUAUAUUAAUAUA